AUGUGUGACGUAAAUGUGUGUGACGUCACGCGGCACCAAAGUGGUAACUUAGGAAUCAACAGCUGGAAUUAAAAUGGAAAUAUGUCUGCUUGAACCGGACACACCGUGAUUCCUGGUGACGACGCCAUUAUGACUUGGCUUUUGUUGCUUGUUUUACUACAGGCUAUUAUGUCGCAAGUAGCAGACGCAUGCUUAGAUAUAGCUGUUAAGGAUUCAUGUGGUGACUUAUUCAGCAUGGAAGUGAUAGAAGAUGCCUGUGUGAGAUAUAAUGGAGGGUAUUUAGGUUCCUGUACACUUGAGUUCACCAAUAGCGAUACACGACAGCAACAAAUCUGCAUCAAACCAGAAACUUUGCAACUAAGCUGUAGUACUGAAGUGAAGUAUUACAAGAACUUUGCAAGCGAUUUCUUUGGUGUCGAGAGAAAGUUUACUUGUGGACAAAUAUCUUACGACGAAUGGUGUGACGAUUCUUCGAGUGUUUUUAUAAAGUUAAGAUCUUCGGGCGGAAGUGAUAAAGUAACACUGAAAGUUUAUUUAGAAACAGGCUCGAUCUCCGUCGCAAUAUUGGUGGCGAUAUGUGUUUCCUCAGCAGUUGUACUAUGUUUUGUAAUAAGCUGCGUAACCAUGGUAUGUUGUAAGCGUCACAACCGGAAUGUGCGCGUUUCAGCAGGUCCAAGAAAUGUAACAAUGCAUACUUCGGCUGGAUACUAUCGGACGGGAUUGUCUGGGAACCAGCAAGCCGUUGUAGGUGGUUACCAGUCAUAUCCUACAGGUAUCCACGCUCCACCGGAAACAAGGCUUCGGCAAACACCCCGUGGUCAUGAGAGUAUACCGUUGCAGCCUGUCUCCCAUAUAAACACCUCGCCGCGACAAUUUGACAAUCAGAAGCAGUCCCCUGUUACCUUUCAUACCGCUUCGGGACAGUCAGGAAAUCAGUCAAAUGUUUUAGUCGCUAGAACAAGUACUAGACACCAGUCUAACACGAAAACACCAAUGUUUAUCAAUCCACGACAAUUUGGCAACCAGUCAAGCCAUCAAGCCGGAAGUCAGUUACAUCCCAUGCAGGCCACAAGUCAAGUUCAUACCUCUCCGCGGCAAUUAGGCAACCAGUUUAUCCAGCAAGCCAAAAGUCAGUUACAUCCCAUGCAGGCCACAGGUCAAGUCCAUACCUCUCCACGGCAAUUAGGCAGCCAGUCAAGCCAUCAAGUCGGUAAUCAAAUACAUUCAAGACAGGCCGCCAGUCAAGCGCGUACCUCUACACGUCAUUCACAAGCCCCCUCACCAGUACCAGGUGCCCGGAUGAACAGUCAAACUAUGGGUUACCAAUCUCUUACACCAGGCACCUCAGAUUACCAGCCACAGAUGUCACCUUCAGGUGCACCCCCGUCGUACGAGGCUGCCAUGAGUUCCACCUAUGAUGAAAGAAUGAAAGAGUACAAGUUGGAAUGGGAUAGCAAACGAUGAUAAAAACAGUUUUCUGCUCUCAGAUUAAAUCAAAAUACCAAAACUCCUUAAUUUGACUUUAUGUGAAAAUAUCAUUUUAGCAGAUUAAUUUAUUUUUAUUUCUAAUGUGAAAUAGCAUUUAUUAAACUUUUAACCAGACUUUGAAGUCACUUAAAAUACAGCUUUGUCAAAUUUAGUCAUUUCCUGAACCUCAUCAAAUCGUACACUCUUAUAGUGCAAAAUUUUAGACGUGUAUGCGAUAUCGGAAUUCUCCAGAUUUUAUGCUCACAGAUUAGAUUAAGAUAUUGAACAUCUUAAUUUGACCUUAUAUGAAAAUAUCAGUUUGCGAAUUUGUAAUGGUGAUUUAUUUGUGUUAUCUAAAAUGUGAAAUUGUAUUUAUAAAACUUUUUAACAAACACUGAGAACAUACAAAAUCCGAAUAAAUUGUUUGAAAUACUGUA